AGUAGUUCUUUGCAUCAACCUCCUACCAAACAUUUUGCACAAAGAUGAGUUGGGAGGGACUAUUUAGUGUAUUCUAUUUAUUGCACCGUGCACUAUCAUAGAUUCAUAGCUAGGUCAAACCUAUUUUAACACCACUACUAGCUAGCUAGUGACAUUUGUGACUAGGUUAAACUUAUAAGGAUACGACUUACUCCGUAUUUAUUAGGAGUAUUCACUAUUGUAUAUUACAUAUAUACACCCCGCAUAUACAGUAAGUAAUUCACUCGAUCGCUCUCAUGUUUAAGUAACGGCCUUCCGAUAUCUCUUGCAUUCACCUAGCUACCUACACGACUCAGUAAAUCAUGCAUCAAACACAGAGAGAAACAGAUGGUUUCGCUACUGAAAUCCCAUCAAAGAACUAUAAGGAAGAAGAAGAUGAAGAUGAAGAUGAAGAUGAAGAAGACGAUGAUGUCGUUGCGGAAUCACAAGUUCUUGAUUCUUCAUAUGAUUACAAAGGAAGGAUUCCUCUUCGAUCCUCCACUGGCUCAUGGAAAGCCUCUUGCUUCAUCAUAGCAAUUGAGUUUAGUGAGAGAUUGAGCUACUUUGGAAUAGCAACAAAUAUGAUAACAUACAUGACAAAAGUGAUGCACCAAGACCUGAAAACGGCGGCAAAUAGUGUGAAUAUAUGGACUGGAGUUACAACAGUGAUGCCUCUUCUUGGUGGGUUUCUUGCCGAUGCUUACACUGGUCGCUAUUUCAUGAUUCUCUUCUCUGCUGUUCUCUAUGUCCUGGGCUUAGCUCUAUUUACCAUGACACAAUAUAUUCCAAGCCUUAAACCCUGCAGCACAACCCCAAAUUCGUGUGAACAUGUUAGCAAAGUCCAUGAGGUUGUCUUCUUUAUAGCGGCCUACCUCGUGGCCCUUGCAACAGGGGGUCAUAAACCAUGCUUGGAGAGCUUUGGGGCAGACCAAUUCGAUGACAACCAUUCUGAAGAAAGGAAACAAAAGAUGUCUUUCUUCAACUGGUGGAACAUUGCACUUUGUAGUGGCCUCUUCUUUGGAGUAACUUUGAUAGUCUAUCUGCAAGACUAUGUUAGUUGGGGCGUUGGUUUUUGUAUACUAACAGUAACUAUGGGUGCCACUGUCCUGAUAUUUGUUCUUGGAAGGCCAGUUUACCGUUACAGAAUAGCCCGUGGAAGCCCCUUAACCCCAUUGUUGCGCGUCUUUGUUGCUGCUGUGGCUAAGAGAAAUCUCCAUUGUCCAUCAGAUUCUUCCUUAUUGUACGAGGUUCCUAACUCGGAGAAGCUCCAAGGACGGCUUUUAGGCCACACUAAUAGACUCAGAUUUCUUGACAAAGCUGCUAUAAUGGAGGAAAGUGAAUAUAAUAAUGGAGCAUGGAAGGAAAACCAAAGUCAAUGGAGGCUAGCAACGUUAACACAAGUAGAGGAACUGAAGCUGAUAAUAACCAUGAUUCCCAUAUGGCUAACAUGCUUGGUAUUUGGGUUAGGCAUUGCACAAGGGUCAACAUUUUUCAUCAAGCAAGGAGGCGAAAUGGAUAGGAAAAUAUUCAAACACUUUGAAAUCCCAGCAGCUUCUGUUUACACAUUAACGUCCGUUGGGAUGAUUGCCUCAGUAGCCUUAUACGACAAAGUCCUCCUUCCAUACUUAAGGAAAGUUACAGGAAACGAAAGAGGCAUUAAUAUCCUUACAAGAAUAAGUAUUGGCAUGGUUAUCUUAAUCAUAUCAAUGAUAAUCUCGGCUUUAGUGGAGAGGAAGAGGUUAAACAUGUCAUUACAAGGGAAAAUAAUAAGUGUGUUUUGGUUAGUGCCUCAAUUCUUGUUGAUUGGUAUUGGGGAUGGGUUUUCCUUAGUUGGAAUGCAAGAGUAUUUCUAUGAACAAGUUCCUGACUCGAUGAGGAGUUUAGGGUUGGCGUUUUACCUAAGUGUUAUCGGUGUUGGGAGCUUCCUUAGUACGUUGUUAAUUACUAUUGUGGACUGCGUUACAGGGAUGAAAGGCGGUGAGAGAUGGAUAGGAAAGGAUUUGAACCAUAGCCGACUUGAUUAUUUUUACUGGCUGUUGGUGAUCAUAAUUGUGUUGAAUAUGUGUGUUUUUGUGUUCUUGGCUAAGAAUUACAGGUACAAAAAUGUACACAGAAGUGUGGCUGUAGGCGAUUCUAGUAAUGGUGAGAAUAGAGUGGAGUUGGCUAGUGUUUAAACAGAAAUUAAUGUAGUGAAUAUUUAGACUCUCUAUAUUGCUAUUCGAGUUUAGCAGUUUGGUUUAUGCUUCUA